AGGGUUAAUUGUUAAGGGUUUAGGGUUUAAAAUACAAUGUGAAAUACGGUGUAACAAAUUCUAUCAUUUUAUUGAUCAUAAAAUGUUAAGUAUCUGUUAAUCACAGCGCUAAUGCCCCCAUCGUCCUUGUUGUCCCACACCAAGUACACCAUUAGAGCGUUAUCCAACAGAUUACUAUACCAACCGGACACCUCACUAUCCUCGUCCCUAAUCUAACAACCGGACACAAUCGCCGGCAUUAAUCCAGAUAAACCGAUUAAGUACAAUGAGGGACCCGAUCGAGCGAUCAGCAAAAUUACAAGUCUGUCGGCACACCACACGAAACCUAUUGAUCAUAUCACGGGAUUAGGUCGUCGAUGAACACAACGGUUGUAAGUCCGGCGUGGUUGUUUGUACAUCGUGCUGGAGCAAGCCCAACCCAGUCACAACACCUGGCCCGUUUGACGUGUUUGAUGUUGGGAUCGGGACCAUCCGAUCGUUUAUGGGAUGCCACAUCCGCCGUGAUAUGAUCAAUAGGUUUUGUGUGGUGUGUCGACAGACCGCCCUAUCGGGUACCGCAUUGUACUUAAUUGGUUUAUCCGGGUUAAUACCGACUGAUUGUGUCCGGUCGUUAGGUUUGGGGACCAUGACGGUGAGGUGUCCGUUCGGUAUAGUAAUUUGUUGGAUAACGCUCUAAUGGUGUACUUGGUGUGGGACAACAGGGACGAUGGGGGCAUUAGCGUUGUGAUUAAUGGCCAUUGAACAUUUUAUGAUUAAUAAAAUGAUGGAAUUGUUACAUCGUAUUUCACAUUAUAUUUUAAACCCUAAACCCUUAACAAUUAACCCUUUAGGAAGACUGGGAUGCGCAACAUUAACAUUUAACAUUAACAAAUAACAUUUCUAUUCAAUCAUAAUAAAAAUAUCAUUAACAUUUAAUAGGGCAGGGUUACAUAAACAGUUCAUCCCAACAACAUUAAAUGGGCUUGACAUGAAAUUGAAAUAAUAUAGCACCCAUGACCCAACUAACAUGAUUGUAACCAAAUUUCUUAAACAACUAUAGUAUAUGAUUUUUCUAUAUCUAUAUAGGUAUAUAUCAGAAACAGAAGAUGCAAUUUUUUCCUCUUGACUUUUCCACUGCUGAAAGUUAAUGUGGGCCUCCAAAAAUGGGAGAUGCUACAUAUCAAGGAGCACCAUCUUUGAAAGUAUAUAGCCAGUGGUUUUUGUAUUAGUCAUUUAACUGCUUGUACUCAUGCUGAGAUUGUGAUGGAUGGGCAAUGUAUCAUUUAAUCUUGUCUUAUGCAGGGGGCACAAAUGAUUGUGCUGGGUAAAGCUUCAGAUGGUCGGGUUGAAAGAGAAUUUGAAGAUCUGGCAAAUAUGCAUAACGAAGGACCAAGCAUCAGGAUUCUUCUGAUGUACAGUGAGGAGCUAUCACACAUGCUUUAUGCUGCAGCGGACAUGGUAUUAGUUCCUUCCAUAUAUGAGCCAUGUGGACUUGCUCAGAUGAUUGGAAUGCGCUAUGGAGCGAUCCCUAUUGUGAGGAAGACUGGUGGUCUUGCUGACACUGUGUUUGAUUUGGAUGAUCAAUCUCAUGCUGAGAUUGCUAAUGGCUUCACCUUUGAAGGAAUUGAUGAAGGAUCCUUGAGUUGGGCUCUAAACCGCGCAUUUACCCAUUAUAGAGAGAAACCAAAUGAAUGGGACGACGUUUUACGAAAGAAUAUGAAGAUUGAUAAUAGUUGGAACAAAACCGCCGGACAAUACGUUGAUGUUUACAAGUCUAUCAGAGUUAGGUGGCAGUGACUGCUACAUCUUUGAGGUGGAGAAAGUCUAAGAAGACGUGUGAGUUGAAACAACUGAUGUUAAAUGAAUUACCUUUGCCUCUGGUCUCCUUUCUUCUUUCGUUCCUUGCAUAUGUUGAGAUAGUUAUGCUAUAUUCGGAUCUUCAAUUUGCAUAUGUUGAGAAUUACCACCAGAAUUGGGUGGGUUAGUCAACCCCCUACCCUUUUUAUUUUAGCACCACAAUUUCACCUCAAAAGCAAAAAACAGCCGAGGAUGAUUAACACAUUUCUCAUUCUUGGAGCAGCUCCCCAAAUAACACCAUGAUAACUGAUCCAA